AUGUUCAGGGACUUCUUAGCAGCAGCAGGGGUCGUGGCCACGGCGCUUCCACAUGCGUCGUCGGCCACCCUCCUCUAUGUCAGUUCAUACAGUGGCACUAUCACUUCCUUGAACUUGACGGACGCCACCACCACGACAGGAGGCGCGCCGGCCAGCCUGCAGUCCAUCGCUUCGACGACGGGCUGUGCCCCCAAUCCCUCUUGGCUGACCCUGGACUACCCCAAUUCCACCCUCUACUGCACCGAUGAGGGCCUCAGCUCACCCAACGGCAGCUUGUCUGCCUUCAAGACCAGCGCCGACGGAACUCUGGUACACCUGGACACGGUCACCACCAUCCUAGGCCCUGUGAGUGCUGUGAUAUACGCCUCGCUGGCCCCGGUCCAAGCCGAGACCUUCUCCAUUCCCCACCCCGGGCCAAACCCGUCUCGGCAGGAAGCCCCUCACCCGCAUGAGGCGAUCCUCGACCCCUCUGGGCAGUAUCUCCUGGUGCCGGACCUGGGGGCCGACCUGGUUCGCAUCUUCAGCAUCAACCAGACCAGCCUCGAGUGGACGGCCGUCAAGCCCCUCGAGGUCACCCCUGGCAGUGGCCCUCGCCAUGCCACGUUCCUCGUGACCGAGGACAAGAGGACCUUCAUGUACCUCGUCAGUGAGCUGGCCAACAACAUCACCGGCUACGAGGUCGCCUACAACGGCGACGACACCCUCGGCUUCAAGCAAGUCUACCAAAGCAGCACGCAUGGCGCAGGCAAGACGGCCCCAAGUGGGGCUGGUGCUGCUGAGAUUGUUCUAUCUAAGCUAUGGAGAGCCGAGUGCAACACCACCACCUUGCUAACCACACGCACGAUCGGCACGCAGCCGGACUCCAAGUAUCUGAUCGUGUCAUCGCGCGGCGAGGCGUCGUUCGAGAUCCCCAACUUCGACCCCAGCAACAGCACGCAGAUCCCCUCUGACGUGCUCAUCAACUUCUCCGUCGACCACGCCACCGGGAACCUGACGCCCAUCCAGGAGUUCCCCUCCGGCGGCAUGUUCCCGAGGCAGUUCUCCAUCAACAAGGCCGGCACGCUGCUGGGCGUGGGGCUCCAGAACGACGGGCGGGUGGUCAUCAUCGACCGGGAUGUCGAGACGGGCAAGCUGAAGUCGUUCCUUGCGCAUACAGACGUCGCUGGCGAGAUCACUAGCGUCAUCUUUUACGAGUAG